AGUAGCCGGCUUUGGAAGAUUUUUCUCUGAAAUCUUCUCCGGGCACGAUUUUUGUGAUUCCCCUGGUGACGAUGGCGUUCCACUGGUGCGACAACAACCUGCACACAACCGUGUUCACGCCGCGCGACUUCCAGGUGGAGCUGUUGGCCGCCGCCUACGAGCGGAACACGAUUAUCUGUCUGGGCCAUCGUAGCUCCAAGGAAUUCAUAGCCCUCAAGCUGCUCCAGGAACUGUCGCGACGCGGUCGAAAACGUGGUCGGGUCAGUGUCUACCUAAGUUGCGAGGUGGGGGCCAGUACUGAACCAUGCUCUAUCUAUACAAUGCUUACCCAUUUGACGGACCUGAGGGUGUGGCAGGAGCAGCCGGACAUGCAAAUUCCCUUUGACCACUGCUGGACGGACUAUCACGUGUCCAUCUUACGGCCAGAAGGAUUUCUUAGCCUGCUCCUUGGUCGUGAACUGUUGCUGAGCAACGUAGAACUGAUUGUGCUGGAGGAUUGUCACGAUAGUGCAGUUUAUCAGAGAAUAAUCCCGAUCUUUGAGGAGUACGUUCUACCGGCCGCCCCGGUGGACAGGCCACGCAUUCUCGGAUUGGCUGGACCACUGCACAGCGCCGGAUGUGAGCUGCAACAAUUGAGUGUCAUGCUGGCCACCCUGGAGAGAAAUGUGCUCUGCCGGAUCGAGACUGCAAGUGAUAUCGUCACUGUGCUCCGAUACUGUUCCCGGCCGCAUGAGUAUAUCGUACAGUGCGCCCCUUUUGAGUUGGACGAGCUGUCCCUGGUGCUGGCCGACGUCCUUAAUACUCACAAGUCAUUUCUGUCAGAUCACCGAUAUGACCCUUAUGAGAUCUACGGCACAGACCAAUUUAUGGAGGAACUGAAGGACAUACCAGAUCCCAAGGUGGAUCCGUUGAACGUCAUAAACUCACUAUUAGCCGUGUUGCACGAGAUGGGACCAUGGUGCACCCAUCGGGCUGCACAGCACUUUUAUCACACCAACGAGAAGCUGAAAGUUAAGACUCCGCACGAACGGCACUAUCUGCUGUACUGUCUUGUGAGCACAGCCCUCAUACAACUGCACGCACUCUGCGAUCACGCGUUCCAACGGCAUCAAGGAUCUAGCGGAGAUAUACGACAGACCAUUGAACGCUAUUCUAGCCCCAAGGUGCGACGCCUGCUGCAGACGUUGCGGUGCUUUAAGCCGGAAGAGGUGCACACACAGGCCGAUGGAUUACGCAGGAUGCGGCAACAGGUGGAUCAAGCGGACUUUAACCGACUUUCACAAGUGCUGGAAAGCAAGUGCCGGGUGGUAGACCAAAUAGAGCAACAGACCAUGGAGACACGAGCCCUAGUGGCCAAUCUCGAGCAGAUUCUCCAUACGUCAGAUGACAAACAGCCGUCCAAAAACACUUCUCGUGUAGCUCAUAUAUCUGCCCAGACGAAGGCUAAAACUGCCAGCACUUCUACCAGUGGCCAACCCCGAACCCGCAGACGAGUGUACACGCGACGUCACCACCGGGAUCAACAUGAUGGCAGCGAUACGCUCUGUGCGCUGAUCUAUUGCAAUCAGAACCAUACGGCGAGAGUGCUUUUUGACCUGCUGGCGGAAAUAAGUAAACGUGAUCCCGAUCUGAAGUUCCUACGCUGUCAGUACACCACGGACCGAGUGGCUGAUCCUACCACGGAGCCCAAGGAGGCUGAGUUAGAGCACCGACGACAGGAGGAAGUGCUCAAACGAUUCCGUAUGCACGACUGUAAUGUACUAAUCGGUACUUCUGUACUAGAAGAGGGUAUUGAUGUGCCAAAGUGCAAUCUAGUAGUGCGUUGGGAUCCGCCCACCACUUAUCGCAGUUAUGUUCAGUGUAAAGGUCGUGCCAGAGCAGCGCCUGCAUAUCAUGUAAUCCUUGUGGCACCCAAUUACGAUAGCCCAACUGUAGGACCGGUGGAACUGAGUGAUCAAAGUCAUCGCUUCAUUUGCGGGACAUCUGGAACAGGAGAUACUACAGAGGCAGACAGUGACUCGGAUGACUCGGCAAUGCCAAACUCUUACGGCUCGGAUCCGUAUACUUUUGGUACGACCCGCGGAACAGUGAAAAUUCUAAAUCCCGAAGUGUUUAGUAAACAGCCGCCAACGGCAUGCGACAUCAAGCUGCAAGAGAUCCAGGACGAAUCGCCGUCUACAGCUUUAUUGGACACAAGUAAUUCCAGCGACGAGGCCGUCAGCAUGAGUAACACCUCUCCAAGUGAGAGCAGUACGGAACGAAAAUCCAGGCGCGCUCGGUGUGAACUGGCACUACCAGCCGACAUAGAGUUUACCGAUAAUCCCACUCCCGAAAUAGAUACCGUUGAUCGAUUAGCCAACACCACCAAAGACUUGGUGCAUCAAAUGGCACAGUAUCGCGAGAUCGAACAGAUGCUGCUGUCCAAAUGUGCUAACACAGAGCCACCAGAGCAGGAGCAGAGAGAGGCAGAGCGCUUCAGUGCCUGCCUGGCGGCAUAUCGACCCAAGCCGCAUCUCCUCACCGGUGCCUCCGUGGAUCUCGGAAGUGCCAUAGCCCUGGUCAACAAGUACUGCGCUCGUCUGCCCAGUGACACCUUCACAAAGCUGACUGCCUUGUGGCGCUGCACUCGAACCGAAAGAGCUGGGGUGAUCUUGUUUCAGUACACACUCCGAUUGCCUAUUAACUCGCCAUUGAAGCACGACAUUGUGGGUUUACCGAUGUCCACUCAGACUUUGGCUCGUCGACUGGCAGCCUUGCAGGCAUGUGUUGAGCUACAUAGGAUAGGUGAACUGGACGACCAGUUGCAGCCUAUUGGUAAAGAGGGAUUCCGCGCCUUGGAACCAGAUUGGGAGUGUUUCGAUUUAGAGCCAGAGGACGAGCAGAUUGUCCAGCUUAGCGAUGAACCUCGUCCCGGAACGACUAAAAGGCGUCAGUACUAUUACAAACGCAUUGCUUCCGAGUUCUGCGAUUGCCGUCCGGUGGCAGGUGCACCAUGCUAUCUAUAUUUCAUCCAGCUAACGCUUCAGUGUCCAAUUCCGGAAGAGCAAAAUACGCGCGGACGCAAAAUUUAUCCACCCGAAGACUCCCAGCAGGGCUUUGGCAUUCUCACCACCAAACGCAUUCCGAAAUUAAGUGCUUUCUCGAUAUUCACACGUUCCGGUGAAGUGAAGGUUUCUCUGGAGUUAGCCAAGGAUCGCGUAAUCCUAACCAGUGAGCAGAUUGAGUGCAUAAACGGUUUUCUGAACUACACAUUCACCAAUGUACUACGGCUACAAAAGUUCCUCAUGCUCUUCGAUCCCGACUCCACCGAGAACUGUGUCUUCAUUGUGCCCACAGUGAAGUCGACACAGGGUGAAAAGCAUAUCGACUGGAAAUUCUUGGAGCUAAUCCAGGCCAAUGGAAAUACAAUGCCUCAGGCAGUGCCCGAUGAGGAGCGGCAGGCACAGGAGUUUGAUGCUCAACGUUUCCAGGAUGCCGUAGUGAUGCCAUGGUAUCGCAACCAGGAUCAACCGCAAUAUUUCUAUGUGGCUGAGAUAUGUCCACAUCUUUCACCACUUAGCUGCUUUCCUGGCGACAACUACCGCACGUUCAAGCACUAUUACCUCGUCAAGUAUGGUCUAACCAUACAGAAUGCCUCGCAGCCACUGUUGGACGUGGAUCACACAAGUGCUCGCUUGAACUUCCUUACCCCACGAUAUGUGAAUCGCAAAGGCGUAGCACUGCCCACCAGUUCUGAGGAGACGAAAAGGGCAAAACGCGAGAAUCUGGAGCAGAAGCAGAUUCUAGUGCCGGAGCUGUGCACUGUGCAUCCUUUUCCGGCCUCAUUGUGGCGCACUGCCGUGUGUCUACCCUGCAUCUUAUACCGCAUCAAUGGACUUCUCUUGGCUGACGAUAUUCGGAAACAGGUUUCUGAGGAUCUCGGGCUAGGAAGGCAGCAGAUCGAGGAGGAGGAUUUCGAAUGGCCCAUGCUGGACUUUGGGUGGAGUUUAUCGGAAGUGUUGAAGAAAUCGCGGGAGUCUAAACAGAAGGAUUCCCUUAAGGAGGCUUUAGUCAAUGGUAAAGACUUAAUCGAUGAUAAAAAUGAGUCAGGAAAAAAAGAAUCCGAGCAAGAUGAGGAUUCAAAAGUCGAUAAAGUGGAGAAGAGUGCCAUCGAACUUAUUAUUGAGGGUGAACAAAAGCUACAAGAGGCAGAUGAUUUUAUUGAGAUAGGCACUUGGUCAAAUGACAUGGCCGACGACAUAGCCAGUUUUAAUCAAGAUGACGAUGAAGAGGAUGAUGCCUUUCACCUUCCAGUUCUUCCUGCCAACGUUAAGUUCUGUGAUCAACAGACACGCUAUGGCUCACCAACGUUUUGGGAUGUGAGCAAUGAGGAAGGUAGCUUUAAGGCUCCGAAGCACAGUCAGCCUCAACAGAGCAGAAAAAGCAAAGGAAAAGUUCCAGCAGAGCCAACAUUCAACUAUUAUGAUUCGGACAAUUCGCUGGGCUCCAGCUAUGACGAUGAUGAUAAUGGAGGACCGAUAAAUUAUAUGCAUCACAACUACAGUUCGGAUGAGGACAAUGUGGCGGAUGACAUUGAUGCCGGUCGCAUUGCUUUUACUUCCAAGAACGAGGCGGAGACCAUCGAAACAGCUCAAGAAGUGGAGAAGCGCCAAAAACAGCUUUCCAUCAUUCAGGCGACGAAUGCUAAUGAGAGGCAAUACCAGGAGACAAAGAACCUGUUGAUUGGAUUCAACUUCGAACAAGAGAAGGAAGAGGAUCAGGAAAGAAUUCCCAGUGGCAAAUACGAACAAUCCAUAGCUAAACUUAAGACAGAGAUUGAAAGCUGCGGUAUGCUGGUGGCCCACGACCAGCAGUUGGUUCUGAAACGAAGUGAUUCCACUGAAGCUCGGGUUGCCAAGGAUUCGAUGAUAGAGCUGUUAAAGCAGCUGCUACCAUAUGUAGAAGAAGAGCUGAUAGUAGAAAAAUUAGGUGAUAGACGCGAACUGCUGCUGUCGGACUUGGAGAAUCUAAAUGCAGAUUGGGUGUCUCGGCAUGAGCCGGAGACCUAUAGCGUCUUGGGAUGCGGAGAUAGUUUUGACAACUACAACGAUCAUCAUCGACUGAACUUGGAAGCAAAACAGCUGGAACUUCGGUUUGAUAGAAAAGAAAUUCAGCCACAAACUCCCAAGAAAGACAUUUCAUCAUCGAUACUUCCUGCGGGAUUCAGCUUCGAUCGUCAACCGAAUCUAGUGGGCCAUCCAGGACCCAGUCCCAGCAUAAUUUUGCAGGCCCUAACCAUGUCCAAUGCCAACGAUGGCAUUAAUCUGGAGCGCCUGGAGACCAUUGGUGAUUCUUUUCUCAAAUACGCCAUUACCACCUAUUUGUAUAUUACUUACGAAAACGUACACGAGGGCAAGCUUAGUCACCUGCGCUCCAAGCAGGUGGCCAAUCUUAAUCUUUAUCGCCUGGGAAGGCGCAAGAGGCUGGGCGAGUACAUGAUAGCCACAAAGUUUGAACCGCACGAUAACUGGCUACCACCCUGCUACUACGUGCCCAAGGAACUGGAAAAGGCGCUCAUAGAAGCAAAGAUCCCAACGCAUCACUGGAAACUGGCCGAUCUGUUGGAUAUCAAAAACCUGAGCAGCGUACAAAUCUGCGAGAUGGUUCGAGAAAAAGCCGAAGCAUUGGGCUUGGAGCAGACUGGAGCUGCCCAGAAUGGCCAGCUAGACGACUCCAAUGACAGCUGCAAUGAUUUUAGCUGCUUCAUUCCUUACAAUCUCGUUUCGCAGCACAGCAUUCCGGAUAAGUCCAUAGCCGAUUGCGUUGAAGCACUGAUUGGAGCCUAUCUCAUUGAGUGCGGUCCGCGUGGAGCACUACUCUUUAUGGCCUGGCUGGGUGUAAGAGUGCUACCAUUCACCAAGCAACUGGAGGCUGCAAACGAGGAGGAACGAAUACCAGGAAGCACGAGGUCAAACACGGAUAAAAUGGUUACGGUUUAUGGCGCAUGGCCGACGCCACGCAGUCCUUUGCUACACUUUGCCCCCAACGCCUCGAAGGAGCUGGACCAACUGCUAAGUGGUUUUGAGGAGUUCGAGGAGAGUCUGGGGUACCAAUUCCGAGAUAGGUCCUACCUUCUGCAAGCCAUGACACAUGCCAGUUAUACUCCCAAUCGACUGACGGAUUGCUACCAGCGAUUGGAGUUUCUGGGUGACGCAGUGUUGGAUUACCUUAUAACACGGCAUUUAUACGAAGAUCCCCGCCAGCAUUCGCCAGGCGCUUUAACGGAUUUGCGGUCAGCGCUGGUGAACAAUACAAUUUUCGCCUCCCUUGCAGUACGCCAUGGCUUCCACAAAUUCUUCCGUCAUCUUUCGCCGGGUCUUAACGAUGUAAUUGAUCGCUUCGUGAGAAUCCAGCAGGAGAAUGGUCACAGCAUCAGUGAGGAGUACUACUUGCUGUCCGAGGAAGAGUGCGAUGAUGCGGAGGACGUUGAGGUGCCCAAGGCUUUGGGCGAUGUUUUUGAGUCGAUAGCAGGUGCCAUCUUUCUCGAUUCCAACAUGUCCCUAGAUGUGGUGUGGCAUGUCUAUAGCAAUAUGAUGAGUCCGGAAAUUGAGCAAUUUAGCAACUCAGUGCCAAAGUCGCCCAUACGGGAACUCCUCGAGCUAGAACCGGAGACAGCCAAGUUCGGUAAGCCCGAGAAGCUGGCGGAUGGGCGACGGGUGCGCGUUACCGUGGAUGUCUUCUGCAAAGGAACCUUCCGUGGCAUCGGGCGCAACUAUCGCAUUGCCAAGUGUACCGCGGCCAAAUGCGCUUUGCGCCAGCUCAAAAAGCAGGGCUUAAUAGCCAAAAAAGACUAAAGAGUCAUCGCUGCAAUUGUGUUUCAUUAGUUUUAAUGAUCAUUAUUUAGAUUUAAGUAUAUCUUUUGUAUAAAUCCCGAAUAGAUUGUAUAUGGUCGAAUUA